AUGGGCCAAACCGCAUCCGCACAGAGCUCGCCUUCGAGCUCGCCAACAAGUGCUACUUUUCCACCAAACGUGCUUCCGUUCAGCAACAACAAUAACAAUAUGCACCCGACGGCCGCUUCACGGUCGUUUGUGCCAGAGGUCGAAAUGCUGUAUCCAAAGGAUACGAUGACGGAGACGACGGUGCUGGCGGCGCUGGAGUAUGUUUCGCAGAAGUUGAUUGCCAAGGGGAUUCAUGUGCAGAUGAUACUGGAGGGAGAGGCUUUGGGGUGCUUGUUUUUGGGAUCGAGGGAUAGGACAUCCUCUCUAAACCUACAUCCCACAACACUCCUCACCCCCCGAACACAAACCCACCUAACACGCGCCCUCCACCGCGCCUCCCAGAAAUUCAGUCUCCCACCAACCUGGGCGCGCAUCGCGCCCACCGCACCAAACAGCACACUCCUGCACCGCUCCCUGCUUCAGAACGAGAUCAUCUUCUCCUCCGAGGGGCUGACCGUGCUGGCGGUCGACCUCUGCUUCGCGCUCAAGUGCAAGCUCGAGGCGGUAUCGAGUUACUGCGACGCCGAGGACGUCGAGGAUGCUGUUGUGCUGUUGAGGAGGCUGGUGAGAGUGUACAGGGGCAGGCCGUUGACGAAGGGGUAUAUUUUGAGGAGCUGGCCGAAGAUCGUGGUUAGUGAUUUGGGGCUGCUGAGGGUGGGGAGGGAGUAUGAGUGGCGGUAUGGAGGGAGGGGUGUGGCGGGUGUCAAUGAUGAGUAUAUGGGGUGGAGGAGGGAGGGCGGUGUGGGGUGGGAUGUGGGCUUGGAGGAGCUGGAGAGGAUGGGGAGGGAUAGUGGGACGUAUGGGUGCGAGAAGGGAAUGCCAGAUGUGAUGAUGGACUUUGAGGCGAUCUUUAGAACUGACAGAGAGGAUAAUUGGAGUUGCAGGUAG